AGUGAAAUACAUCACAAAAAAAGGCAAACCAUCGCAAGUGUCCAAGUAUUGUCACUGGUCAAAUGCACUAUAAUAUCUUCCAACAAAAUUUGUUUGCUGAGAGGCAAACUGAUUCCUUUUUUUUUCUUUUAAAUUGUAUAUUUUUAUUUUCAUUUUUUGUACACUAAGUCUUCCCAGAGGAGUGGAAACAACAAUAACAGUACCCUACAGUAGUAGAGAUCUAAUAUUGGCACCAGAGGCAGCUGGCGGGCUGUCUCCUGUAAUUUUAGCACACACUGAUGCGGAGGAAAGAUUUAAUGGGUAUUGGUCAGCGUACCCUCUUGUGAGGGCGUAAGGGAGCCUAACAGAACGAGCAGAGAGAGAAGGAGGGGAGCAGAGAGAGGACAGAAAGGAAGAAGGCUGCUGUGGCUCAGACAUAAAGUCAGGCAACUACAUGUAGCAGCAUGACUCUUUUAACACUCGGAUUCUAUCUGCCUCUGUGGUUUUCUUAUGGUCUGGCUCAGUCCUCAGUUCUGGACAGCUUCAUUUCAUUCCCAGCAGCUCACAAAUCCCAGGAGCAGCAGAGGAGAUUCAACCCGUGCUGUUUACUGAGUCCUCCUCCACCCCCCCUGUUUCCUCCACCUCCUUCGCUUUGGCGCCGCUACACAUUUAAUGAAGACACUUCACAUGUUGACCGUGAUUCUGAGUUGGACAAUGAGAAUAAAGGUUCUGCCUGUGUUCGAGGGUCUCCGGGGCCUGCUGGUCCCCCUGGACCUCAGGGCCCACCCGGAUUACCUGGAAUAAGAGGGCCUAAAGGAGAAAAGGGAGAAAUUGGAAGACCUGGACAGAAGGGUCGGACAGGGCCUCCUGGGCUUCCAGGGAAGCAAGGACCAGCUGGAUGGCCAGGAAUGAAUGGGGCCAAAGGUGAGAAAGGUGACCCGGGGUUGAUGGGUUUGCCUGGAGCCAGAGGACCAUUUGGGCCAAGGGGUUUACCUGGAUAUAAAGGGGAGAAAGGUUCUCGAGGUGACCGUGGUGAGAGUGGACUGAAGGGAGACAAGGGUGCAAUGGGUUUCCCAGGAAUGCUUGGGCAGAAAGGUGAAAUGGGUCCAAAAGGAGAACCUGGUACAUCAGGAAACAGGGGACCCACAGGCCGACCAGGGAAGAGAGGCAAGCAGGGAAUGAAAGGAGACCUGGGAAGAAUUGGUCCUAUGGGACCUGCAGGCCCACAGGGACCUCCAGGACACCCAGGUCCUCCUGGUUUACCUGCCACAGGGCUCUACAUGGUGGGGGCAAAAGGAGCUCGUGGUCCACCAGGGCCCCCUGGAAAGUGUAACUGUGGCUCUCUCAGUAGUUCUCCAUUUGAUGAUUAUCCAUCUGCAGAAAACUAUCCAAAAGUCCCUGCAAUAUUCGUGGUGAGUAAUGAGGAAGAACUGGAGCAGCUUCACACUGAUAAUGCACUUGCAUUCCGAAAGGAUCAGAAAUCUCUCUAUUUCAAAGACGUUGAUGGCUGGCUCCCAAUCCAGACUCUCCCAUUCCAGCUGACACCCUUCCAGUCCAUGGAAAACGCACCUGACGAUGAAGGCUAUUGUGGUGAUGGAAUAGUGCAGAUCUCCAGUGGGGAGGAGUGUGAUGACAAAAACAGAGUUGUCACCGACGGCUGUGUCAAGUGUAAACAUGCCUACUGUGGAGAUGGAUACCGCUAUGAAGGGGCUGAGGAGUGUGAUGGAAAGGAUUUUGGAUACCAGACAUGCAAUUCAUAUCUCCCAGGGUCAUAUGGAUACCUCAAGUGCACACCAUAUUGUGUUAUUGAUUCCACAAACUGCAAGUACUUCACUUGAGGUGGCAUCUGGAUGGUGCAGCUGGAUCUGCUGUGUGUCCUUUGCUUGACACAUGAUAGGAAUAUUUUCAUGCAAAAAAGGAAAAGAACAAUAAUGCUCUAAGCAAAAGACUCUAAGGGAAGAGGCAACCAAUGAUUAUAUAAUGAAAAAAACCUCAUAUGUAUACAUUUACACAUAACUCAUCUGUAUUUCUGCGGAGAUGCCUCUCUGAAGUCGGUCAGUGAGGGUGAAAAUCCACUCUGGAAAUUUGCAGCACAACUGCACUCGGUCUUAACAAGCAGGAUCUCAACUAGCCUCCUCACCAUGCUGGACUGGAUGGGAACCAACCUCUGAAUGCAACAGCUGUGUAACAGUCAUGUAGACUUUGUGAAAUGCCAGUAGGAGAUGAUGCAGAGAAGCAGCAGCCGGUACAGAAACGUUUUAAUCUUGACCCAGUUACUGUUGAACAAGAGAAGCAGUAAGACAUCCAGAGCCACAGUCCCAGGUAUUCUACUGCUGUGUGAAUGUGCACGGCACUUGCAUGACACAGGAAUUGCUAAGACCAUGAGCUUUACUCAAUAUUGUCAAAACAACUUUCGUACUGUAUUCUUUCACUGUCACAUCAAGACGUUUUUACGUAAUGGUAAAGCCAGGUUUGUAAUCUUUGGGUGAGUCUGUUACUGUAGAGCAGGGAGCCACGUCUAAACAGUCACUGGUCCUAAAACUUCAGAGGCUAACUUAGCUUCCGUAGCUUGUGGUUUCCUAUACUUGACACAGAUAGUCAGUCAGGAUAAGAUUUCAUUAAUCCAAACUUCUCAGGAACUAACAGGUAAUGUAACUCCAGUCAGCACCUUUUCCACAUUUAUCUCACUGUUCUCGUUAUAAGCGAAAUGGCUCUGACUGUACACUGAUGCACACAGGUAACUCAAAGAAAAGCUUCAAUGCUUAUUAAAUAUGCAGCACUCAAUAAUGAGAUCCUUCCCUGUGCUGCAAGGCCAAAAGGAAAUAUGUGAAGGCUUAAAACUGUUAUUGCUCUUAAUUAUCUCACUACGGCUGGACUCAUCUGUACCUGCUAGAGGGAAAGGAAAUCAAAUUCCAGGUUGUUUUCUGGUCAUUACUGUACUUACUUUAAUACCUCUUUAUCCAAUCUUGCUGUCUUAUACAGCAACACAGAAACUCAACAUUAUACUUAAUAGUGUAGAUGUAAUAUGCUUUGUGCUGAAAAUGACUGUGUUGACAUAAAAUUACAUUUUCCAUAAGCUACUGUAUGAGUCUCAAAGCCAAAGGAGACCUUUCCUCAUCUGUACAUAAAGUCAGGUGUCAAAUGAUUCCUCAGGAAAAGGAAUCAAAAGAGCAAGACUGUUAUUAUAUCAUGUCUGCAUGCUUGUGAAAAACUGUUCAAGGGUGUGAAAUAUUUCCACUUUGUCAAACACUGUUUUGUAAAUUAUCAUUGCAUUCAUCAGCAUAGCAGGUGUCUUAAGAAGUGCUCUGUCCAGUGUAGCUAAGUACUGUAUGUAUGACAAACCUUAUAGUGAUCGUACCAGGCACAAACACAAAUACGUCAGAGACUAUGUUAAAUGCCAUGUCCGUGAUCUGUGCUGCUCUGCUCUGAUACUGUGUGUGCACAACAAUGCUGAAACAUGCAUGUGAUAAUGUACUGUAUUGUAAAGCUUUAUGAAGUAUAGUAUGCACUGUGACUGGAAUAGCAAAUGUUCAUGUUGUUUAAUUAUUCUGAUAUAAUUUUUACAGUAGUUGUGGACAAUUAAAAAAAAAAUAAAACAAGAGUUUAAAUCAG